CGGUUUCGUUAUAUGUCAGCUCGCUUCCAUCGCAGCGGAGCACCCAAACAAACCGGAACCUUGGACAAAUCUAUCUGUCAAAAGCAUAAAAAAGAAUUCGAAAUAAAAAAGCUCCCUUUGUUUCGACAGCCUGUUCAAGACUAGGAAAAGUCGCAAAACCCCAAACCCACCUUAACACACCCCAUCUCCCUCCGCCAUUAACCCAUUUCUCACAGGACAAACCGUCAUUUUGCCCUCUCACGCCAUUCACAACCCACCUCGCCGGGGUCAAACCCCCAAAAAGAAACCUCCUUCUUUCUAACUAGAUCUGAAAAACUUUCAAAAUUUUUUUCCCGAAAAUCACGAAACCCUAACUUCCUCGAUUUCAAGUCGGGAGAGCGUUAAAAAAUGGGAGAUUUCAAUUUAGCACUAGUAAUCGUAGCUAUUGUAGUAUGCAUAAUCGUUUUCUUGUUCAAUAUCUACCUUCUAGUCAAUUACCAGCAUCCUGACGACAAGAAUCAAGCUUAUUUCCCCAAAUUCGUCGUCGUUUUUGGCCUCUUCGUUGCCGCUAUCUCGAUUUUGAUGUUACCGGCUGACGUAGCGAACCGGCAAGCGUGUCGUCAUGCGAUUUAUAAUGGCGCGUGUAAUCUUACCUUGCCAAUGAAGGAUCUGUGGAUUGCUGUAUACAUUGUUGAUGCUGUGCUUGUUUUUUUCAUCAUUCCAUUCGCGAUGUUUUACUACGAAGGCGAUCAGGACAAGAGUGUUGCUAAAAGGAUUAAAAGUGCUUUAUUGUGGGUUAUAACGACGGCAAUUGUGUGUGGUCUUGUGCUCGGCAUUUUAUAUGGGCUUGUUGGAAAGGUUGACUUCACUGUUAGGCAUCUCUCUUCAACCACAACUACUUUUCCGAGUACGUGGGAGUUCUCUAGAAAUCAACCAUGUAUUGGAAGUGUUGCACGCGAGUGCUCUGCAUAUCUUGCAAAUGCUUCCUCAGAGAAAACAUGGACAAUGCGCGCCACAUUUCCAGAAUAUGUGGUUGCUCUAGCUACAAUUGUUGGAUCUGUUCUCUUUGCGAUUUUUGGUGGUGUUGGGAUUGCUUGUUUGCCGUUGGGACUUAUCUUUUCUUUCAUCCGGCGUCCCAAGGCAGUUAUCACUCGCUCCCAGUAUAUUAAGGAGGCAACUGAGCUUGGUAAAAAAGCAAGAGAACUCAAAAAAGCAGCUGAUGUACUCCAUCAGGAGGAAAGAAGUGGCAACAAGGGUAGAAAAUGGCGUAAAAAUGUCAAGGCAGUAGAAAAGGAGUUGCUUCAGCUGGAAGAAGAUGUAAAGCUGCUAGAAGAGGUGUAUCCUCAAGGGGAGAAGGCUGAGACAUCCUGGGCUUUGACUGUUCUUGGCUACUUGGCAAAACUUGUGUUGGGAAUCUUAGGGUUGAUUGUUUCAGUGGCUUGGGUUGCUCAUAUUAUAAUAUAUCUGUUGAUUGACCCACCUCUUUCUCCUUUUCUAAAUGAGGUCUUCAUCAAGUUGGAUGAUAUAUGGGGUCUUCUUGGUACUGUUGCAUUUGCUUUCUUCUGCUUCUAUCUUCUGCUUGCAGUCAUAGCUGGGGCAAUGAUGCUGGGCCUGAGAUUGGUUUUCAUUACAAUUCAUCCCAUGAAGUGGGGAGCCACUCUAAUGAACUCCUUCCUUUUCAAUGUGGGACUCAUUCUCCUAUGCUCAAUUAGUGUGAUUCAGUUCUGUGCCACUGCAUUUGGCUACUAUGCACAAGCAACAGCAGCUCAAGAAAUUUUUGGCCACACAUUGCAGUCACUUCGUGGAAUUAAAUAUUUGUACAAGUAUAAUGUGUUCCAAAUUGCAUUUGUUGUUCUAGCGGGUUUGACUUUUGUGUAUUAUGCCGCCUUUGGAUGGAGAAGAAAGAAGCCUAGCGGCAGGUUCCAACUUUCCUCGUGAGCAUGUUUUUACCAGAAGUUCACACACCUGCCUGGAGGCUUCGGAAUUCAGUUGUAUCAUCUACUCUGGAGUUUGUUUCAUAUUCGGAUGUCUGCGGCCCAGUUUUGUUAACGUCGAAAGGUGUUGAAAAGUGUGCAGAUAUCAUUUGAUCUAUUUGCGGUUGCUAGUGAUAGUGGCAUGGCAUGUCGGUGAGUGCUGCUACUCUUUCUGCUUGUUGUUGCUCGUUUGUAUGUAUUAUUCUUAAUGUGGUUAGUGCUAUACGCUUGCUUCCGCACACUGUAAUAGGUGGGUUUGUACAACUUCCGAAGAUGUAAUAUAACCAUUGACAAGAAGCAUGUGUAUCUUCAGCAGUGUCCUAUGUGGGUUUGUACAACUUCUGAAGAUGUAAUAUAACCGUUGACAACAGAAGAUCUUACAAGUUGAUCAAUGUUGAUACUUCUGCGUGCAUUACUGCAUUA